AUGGCGCCAAGCUGGAUUUUCGGCGCCACCAUCGCCCUCGUCUGCCGUGUUGCCCACGGUGCGCAGCCGGGAGCUGUACAGCCCGUUGCCGCGCCGAUGCGUGACCUGGCCUGGGGACAGCUCAACUUUUUGCACACGACCGAUACACAUGGCUGGCUGAGCGGCCAUUUACUAGAACCCCAAUACUCAGCCGACUGGGGUGACUACAUUUCAUUCUCCCAACACAUGAAGAAGCGCGCCGACGAUACCGGAAGCGAUCUACUCCUCAUCGAUUCAGGCGACCGCGUUGAGGGGAAUGGCCUCUACGAUGCAUCGACCCCCAAGGGUCUAUUCUACUACGACGCUUGGGCCGAACACCAUGUCGACCUGAUCUGCGUCGGCAACCAUGAGCUGUACCAGGCUAGCACGGCCGAUUACGAAGCCAACACAACCGUCCCCAAAUUCGGGGAUAAAUAUGUGGCUUCAAAUGUCGAUUACGUUGAUCGCGCGACGGGCCAACGCAAACCCUUGGCACAGCGAUACCGCAAAUUCAAAACCAAGAACAAGGGACUCGAGAUUUUGGCGUUUGGCUUCCUGUUUGACUUUACCGGAAACGCCAACAAUACUGUGGUGCAGCCUGUUGCCGAAACCAUCAAGGAGAAAUGGUUCCAAGACGCCAUUCGCGAGAAGCCCGAUCUUUUUGUUGUGGUGGGCCAUGUCGGCUUGCGCAUGACGGAAUUCCGCACCAUCUUCACGGCUCUGCGAAAACAGAACUGGCACAUCCCAAUCGUAUUUUUUGGUGGUCAUGCUCAUGUGCGAGACGCCUUGAGCUACGACUCGCAAGCAUUUGCCAUGGCCUCGGGACGAUAUUUCGAAACUGUUGGUUUCAUGUCCAUUGAUGGCAUACAAAAACAGUCGGCCGAUGACGUCUCAGCUGCAGCAUCACUCAAGUUCAGCCGCAAGUACAUUGACACGAACCUUCUUGGCAUGUACUAUCAUACUGGACUCAACCAGACAACUUUCCCCACCGACGACGGCAAGCGUGUAUCCAAACAGAUUGCACGCGCACGCAAGACGUUGAAUCUCGACCACCGUUACGGUUGUGCUCCGAAAGAUCUGUGGGCAAGCCGUGUCCAGUAUCCCAACAACGCAAGCAUUUACUCUUGGAUUCAAGACGAAGUGUUCCCCGACGUCGUGGUCAACACGAAGCGCAAGGACAAGCCUCGCCUCGCGAUCCUCAACACGGGAGGCAUCCGGUUUGACAUUUUCAAAGGCCCAUUUACCCGCGACUCAACGUACAUUGUCUCUCCGUUCACGAGCGGCUUCAAUUACGUGCCUGACGUGCCAUAUAACAUCGCCAGCAAGGUUCUCACCCUUUUGAAUGGCGCAGACAAGAUCUUGAGCACACACGGCGCCGAAACCAAGUUUAUGGCGAUUCCCGAAGUCAUGUUCCCAUCCGGACACGGCCAAUCGCCAGCUGAUGCGCAUCAGGCUGAGGACGAGAGGCUUGAACUACGCGACGCAAAACCAGAUCUGAUUCGCGGCUACACCACCAAAGACGACAUUGGCACAGAUGGCGAUGAUACCGUUCACGAAGCCAUUCCGUUCUAUAACACUCCUAAUUGUAUCCAAUCAGAGAUUAAUUUCCCCGAGAAAGGGGACCCCGAGACGGUUGACUUGGUCUAUAUCGAUUUUAUUCAGCCCUGGAUCAUCCCGGCAUUGAAGUUUGCCGGCGGCGACUAUACCGCUGAUGAUGCCAAGGUGUACAUGGACGGCACGCUGACGUAUAAGCUAAGCGAAUGGAUUGGUAAGAAUUGGCAGGGUGACUGUUGA